AUGGACCGAAAUUACUCAAUCUUGCCAAAAAUUAGAACAAGAUUUGCACCGUCACCUACUGGACAAAUGCACCUAGGAUCUUUGAGGACUGCACUAUAUAAUUAUCUUUUUGCACAGAAAAUGAAUGGAGAUUUUAUUUUACGUAUUGAAGAUACUGAUAAAACACGAAUUGUAAAUAAAUCUGAAGAAAACAUAUAUAAAAUACUUAUUUGGGCUGGGCUUAAUUGGGAUGAAGGACCAAUUGUUGGAGGCAAACAUUCUCCUUAUAAUCAAUCACAAAGACUCCAUAUAUAUUCAAAAUAUGCAAACCUUCUUUUAGAGUCAUGUUACGCAUAUAGAUGUUUUUGUCCUAUAAAUAGACUUGAAAAGUUAAAAGAAGAAUCCAGAACAGAAGGGUUAUCAGGAACAUAUGAUAGGAAUUGUUUGACUAUUAAUAUAUAUGAAUCGAAUGAAAGAGCUAUAAGAGGAGACAAAUUUGUAGUUCGUUUUAAAGUCCCUGAAAAAUAUCCUGUAGUCCAUGACCUUGUUUACGGAGAUGUUGAUUUCUCUGUUUCAACUAAUACACAAAAAAAAUUUUAUGAUGAUCCAAUAAUUAUAAAAUCAGAUUCUUUUCCUACAUAUCAUUUUGCAAAUGUUAUUGACGAUCAUCUUAUGAAUAUAACACAUGUAAUUAGAGGAGAGGAAUGGUUACCAUCAACCUCAAAACAUCUUGCUAUUUAUCAAGCUUUUGGAUGGACACCACCUGUAUUUGCCCAUGUUUCGUUAUUAGUGAACUCCGAUGGUUCAAAGUUAAGUAAAAGAAAUAAUGAUACCCACAUUCAAAAUUAUAUUAAUAAAGGAUAUUCUUCAAAUGCUUUACUAAAUUAUGUGGCUCUUAUUGGAUGGUCACCAAGAACGUCUAAUGAAGUAUUUACUUUACAGGAAUUAGUUAACAAAUUUUCACUUAGUAAUCUUACUAAAGGAACUAACAUAAUUAUGCCAGAAAAACUAGAUUUUCUCAACAAGCAGCAUUUACUUCGAAGUACUAAAGAUGAAAUUGGUGUUGAAAAAAUUUUAAAAGAAAUUAAGCCUAAAAUUAUAUCUUUAUAUGAAAAAAAAGUUUCAAGCAGUAAUAAUGUAGAAUGUUUUUCAGAUCAAUAUAUUCAUAAAGUCAUUAUAGCGCUUAGAGAAAAAGUUCAAAAUAUAAACCAGUUAGUUGAAUCAAGUGAAUAUUUUUUUGUUGAGCCAAACUAUUGUGAAUAUAUUUUUAAUGAAUUUAAAUUAAUACCAAGUGACUUGGAACUGAAUUCAGAAAUAAUCAAAAAAUUUGAAGAGAUUAAUAUUUGGAUUCCUAAUGAAAUUUCAUCUGUUCUUAAAGAAAUUACAGUUAAUGAAAAUAUCAAAAUAAAAAAAUUAAUGUUAAUAUUGCGAUUUUGUUGCACAGCAUCACUCGUAGGUGCAAAUAUUAUUCAAAUUUUACAUAUUCUAGGUAAAGAAAUUGUAAUAUUAAGAAUUAAAAAAGCAAUGGAAUGGACUAAAAGUAUAGAUCAAAAAUAA